CUUCCACAGCCCCGCCCGCCCAGAGGGAUCACCUGUGGAGAGAGGAGGCGGUGUGGAAGCAGCGCAGACAGUGCAGGACGCCGAGUUUCACUCUGAAGAUCCACGCAGGACAAUCAGCUGUUCCUCCGCGGGAUUCCCUCUCUGCAUCGCGCCGCAUGGAAGAACCGGAAACUGGCUUUUGAUUGGCGAACACAGAACAGACGAGUCAUUUUGCACAUUUUCAUUAAUGUUUGUUUUUCACUCGUGGAUUAUUAAUCUGUGACGCUGCGCACUUUGCGCAUGUGUGGAUCUCAAUGGGCCUGACGCAGAUGCUCAGGAUCGCGCUCUGCGCUGUGAUGAGUCUGCAGAGCGCCUGCGCACUUCGCGCCUCAGAGUGUGGAGAGGGUAAUUGCAGCACAAGCCAAGCCUCCCCUGUACCCUCUUCCUCCUCCACCGCCCCCCCUGCAGUGAUCUCCUCACAGGACUUCCUGGGUCAGUUUACCCAGGUGACUUCGUCAAACAGCGGAGACCGUAAACACCGAGACGCCAGCGCCGUCCUGCCCUUCAUCGGCCUCACCGGCAGUGCAGAGCAAAGUCGGAACUGCUGUAAGAACGGAGGAACCUGCAUCCUGGGCAGUUUCUGUGCCUGCCCUCCCUUCUUCACCGGGCGGAGCUGCGAGUACGACACCCGUGUCAGGCGGUGUGGCUUUGUUCCUCACGGAGAGUGGGUGCAAAAGGGCUGUUCGUACUGUCGCUGCGUCUAUGGCGUCCUGCACUGCUUCCCCAAUGUCUUUCAGAAUGACUGCGAUGACAUGGAGGAGGAGGUACGUUGGUACCGUUCAUCGGCUGCUGGCGGCAUCUCCACCGGCUGCUCUGUGCCGCCGCCGCUGCUGCUGCCGCUGCUGCUGCUACUCGCCCGGCUGUGUUUGCUGUGACGUUUUCUCAGGUUCAGGCUGCAGCUUAAAGGCUCAGAUUCAAAUUUGAGCUUCAGCAGAACCUGGAUUUUUAUGGGGGGGGGGGGGGGGUUGACUUUUGUGAAGUCCCUGUUCUUUAAGGAAAUUUAAAGUCUCUCUUUUUUUGCACAUAUGGUGUGAUGUUCAGUUUUUAACGUUAAAAAAUAGAUGAUUUUAUUUAUGUUCUUGUUGUGUAGCUGUUGUGUUGUGUGGGGGUGGGGUGUGUGUGGGGGUGUGAGUGUAACCUCCUCCUGCCGCCGCCUCCCUGACUCUUAUCUGGAGGUAUUUUUUCAGAGUGAGCUGUUCUCUCUGGUGCUCUUAUCUGCAUGCGUUAAUGAUGAGGCUUUAUUUGAUUAUCUGCUGCGUUCUUAUCUAAGACAAACACAUCAGCUGUUGUCCUGCAGUCUGUCGGCCGUCACAGCUCGCCACUUAAAACGGUUUAAGGACAAAACGGGGAUUUCUGAUGUACCGUUAAAUGUGGACGACACAGACCUGGCUUGAUAUUAAAAAACAUGUGA